UGCAUUGUUUCGCGAUCAGAACUUAUGUCUAGCGAUCCUAACAAGAAGAAGAAAAGGAAAGGUCUAUUCCAGAGGUGGAGAAAAGGCAAACAAAGCAAACAUCGUAAGGAAGAGAGCCUUCAAGAGUCGAAAGGCACAUCUGUGGAAGAGCAUCAGAAUCCUUUAUUGACAUCAGAGGUUGGUACCUCUCCAAGCCUACUAGUAAAGAGACGAACACUACAAGCAUUGGCAUUAGAACUACAUUCAGAAGAGGGAGAUCUACAAAAGUCAAGCAUGAGUGAUGUAUCAAGUGCAGGUGCUCUGACAUCUCCAUCCCCGACUCUCGCUAAACUUUCUCAAGAGGAGAAGAAACUGCGUCUUCAUGCAUCAGCACUGAAGGCAAGAGAAAGAAUACAGAAACGUCGAGAAAGAGCAAUUGCUCAAAAUUUAGGGAAGUCGUUAGGAGAGACAGGAAGUGAAGGAGAAAAAUUGCCAUUGGUUCAGGGCAGUGGUGGUGAACAGUCUCAAACUGAGAAAUCACGUUGCUGUGGUUGUUGUUGCAUUUCGUGAUCGAUUCAUUUGCUACAACAGAAACAGAAAGUGACAAUAAACUAUUUUGUAACCCGCACUAUUGUCAGUCAUACGAGGUAUUCCAUAUAUUUAGUUUGAUCAAUUGAAGUUUCUCAUUUGCAUGGUAGCUGCGGCUACACCAUCAGGUGUAUUUGCAAUGCACGCGCAUCUAUUAUAAUAUAGUAUGAAGAA